CUUGGCCUCCUCCCAUCAUCCCCAGCCAGAUUUAGCUGCUGACAGCUGCUGGGACCCUGCCGCCAGGCCCUGGCCCAGACAGUCACCUCUCCUGUCUCUCAGUGACUCCUGAGCCACAACCCCUCCAUGGCCCAGAAAGAAGAAGCCGCUGCAGCCGCGGCGCCCGCCUCCCAGAAUGGGGAGGACCCGGAGAACCUGGAGGAUCCUGAGAAGCUGAAGGAGCUGAUUGAGCUGCCGCCCUUUGAGAUCGUCACAGGAGAACGGCUGCCUGUCAACUUUUUUAAGUUCCAGUUCCGGAAUGUGGAGUACAGUUCCGGACGGAACAAGACCUUCCUCUGCUAUGUGGUUGAAGUGCAGGGCAAGGGAGGCCAAGUCCAGGCAUCACGGGGAUACCUAGAGGACGAGCAUGCAGCUGCCCAUGCCGAGGAAGCCUUCUUCAACACCAUCCUGCCAGCCUUCGACCCGGGCCUGCGGUACAACGUCACCUGGUAUGUGUCCUCCAGCCCCUGUGCAGCUUGUGCUGAUCGCAUUAUCAAAACCCUUAGCAAGACCAAGAACCUGCGCCUGCUUAUUCUGGUGGGGCGGCUCUUCAUGUGGGAGGAGCCGGAGAUCCAGGCUGCUCUGAAGAAGCUGAAGGAGGCUGGCUGCAAACUGCGCAUCAUGAAGCCCCAGGACUUCGAGUAUGUCUGGCAGAAUUUUGUAGAGCAAGAAGAGGGCCAGUCCAAGGCCUUUGAGCCCUGGGAGGACAUUCAGGAGAACUUCCAAUACUACGAGGAGAAGUUGGCAGACAUCCUGAAGUAGGCCACUGGGCUCCGUCUCACGUCUGCCUGCUGCCACCAAGAGACAGCCGUGACAUGUUAUGGCCAUCUGGGACAUACCUGUCUUCCUAAUACCACUUGGAGCCAGACAACAUUCAACACCAGCCAAUCCAACUGGACAAGGCCUUCAGAGGACUCAAAAUACACUUCUCAUGCUGUAAUUCACUUAGGCUGUGCUUCUUUCUAUAAGGCUGCUCUUAGGGGUGGAGGAAAGUGAGCUGCAAGGAAAGAAAUGGCAACCAUAUAUGGGCAGCAGGCCAUCGUGGGGCUGAAGGUCCUAAUUACUCCUCAAGAGGGGCUGCUUAAUGCAAACAGCCUCAGACCCAACGUGCAGCUCUUUGCAAUACAUCUAAAAAUGAAUUUUAUGUUGUUUUUUAAGAAAGAAAAACAGCAGUAUUAAUAAAAGAACUGGUGUGUUUUCUGUG